AGUCUCUCAACACGCAUGCGCAUGGACGAACGCUCCCUUUAAAAAAGUUGAAUUUCACCUAAAUAUGGAUGCGUAGGUGCGCCGUAAUAUUUAAAAAAAUCAAAAAUCCUAUUGUUUCGUUCGUAUUUCCGUCAGAGGCGUUAGUCAGUGCUGGGGGCACAAAUAUUCGCUUAAAUCUGAGAGCAUCCCACUGACACAGCUUGAAAACUCGAGUACAAUAUUCUCCAACACGGAAGUGAUCACUCCUGUAUACAGAUCACGGCUGAUCAAGGCGGCGCAUGCAUGUCCGUUUUUGAUUGUUUGUUUACGUGUGUGAUAUAUGCCUAUGAGUUUUUCCCAAAGAUAGUCAAGCGCUUUCAUUUGCCUCCGAGUCUUUCCCGCUGCGGUAUGGCGGCGGCGGCAGCAGCAGCAGGAGGACAGGAGGACCGGAGCUGCGUUUCCCCGGGUGCGCGGACAGGUGACGGGGAACCUGAGGAGGCCGAGGAGUUUACCUGCUCGGCCUACUGCUCGGAGCUCUCCCGGCGGCAGAACGAGCAGAGGAAGGCGGGGCUGUUCUGCGACGUGACGCUGGUUUUCAGCUCUGGUGGGGUGUCCCAGGAGAGGGUCCACGUCUUCACCGCCCACCGCUCGGUGUUAUCCGCAGCGUCGCAGUACUUCAUGCUUCUGCUGGGCGGACAGUUUUCCGAGUCCGUGUCCGGGAGAGUGGAGCUGAGAGAGUGGAGCUCCACCACAGGACCGGACCCAGACACAGUGGAGAGGGUCAUACAGUUUAUGUACACAGGAGAAAUCAGGGUAUCUACUGCUAAUGUGGAUGAAGUUUUGGAACUUGCUGACAGGUACAUUAAAUAAAAAACAUUGUCUUUGUAACUACUGGGUACAGGCUUGAACUGCUGGUGUUCAAGGAGCCACACCUCGACUGUAUCAACAGGUGUGACUCGUUUAAAAUAAAUGUACGUGUUGAACUUGGCACUGCAUGCCAUUUUACUGUAUACACAGAUUACAGAUCUUUGUUUUCUUGGUAUUAAAUUUUGUCAGUAAAUUUGGCCUAAUUCUCAGCUAAGCCUAAACUGCUCUUUUAGGACAGCUGAAAGAAACAAUAAUUUGCUAUUUUUGUAAAUUAGAGGAUUCACUAUUCAUAAAACUCCACAAAGAGAUGCAGUAAGUUGGCUUUUUGCCCUAACCCCAAAGACCCUUAGUUAUACUUAUAAGAUAGAAAUAAAGCCAGUUUGCUUAGUUAUUAUCAAAGUUCAAUAAAUAUUUACUCCUUAACCAAACUCUUAAUCAUCUAAAUGUUUAUAAUAUUACCCCUUUAAUGCCUGACACCACAAAUUAUGGCCAGAAAAUUCAAAAUUUUUGGACCUGAAAUGUUUUUUUCACUUACUACUGAAGUGAAAUACUACUACUUACUACUGUUAAAAUUUAACAUAUAUUUAUUUAUCUGGUUUGACACAUUAGAUGUUUUUGGAAACUGACAAAUUUCAAGAGGACAUUUUUAUCAUUCAUCAUACUGUAUUCAGUUGUUUUUUUAGUAAUUUGAUGAUCAUAUUGAUUUGAUAGAAGUAUCAUAAAAGUAUGUAACAAAUAUGAUACAAAAGGCAAUAAGGGAUGAUUAUAUUUUUUAAUAACAUGGUGUCCUGGGAAUAGACCUGAUGUUUGCAAGCCGUGCAUAUUGUUUGUUUACUGUGAAUACAACCACGGUACACCCAUACAGGUGUUUUCACCUUAGCCUGAUUGGUCUUAUUAUCACGAUUGUACAAAGGAGUAACUUGACAGACAACUCUACUUUAAACUUCUUUUGUUGCAUCUGUUACACCUUAACUAUUCUUGAAUCUCAUUAGACCCAUAUAAUGGCUUUAAAAACAAAAUAAUUUAAAUCUGUUUUGAGUCAUAUUUUAUGUGAAAAUGAAAAACAAGAGUGUUGCUGCCAUAUGGGAAAUCACCUUGUGCCAAGAUUAUUAAGUUUUUGUGGAAUAUCUACUAAUGUGUUUACAGAAUACCAGUGCAAAGUAACGAGAAAGCUAUUUUUUUAACCUCUUAGUUUUGUUCAGAAAACCCUUCUUAUGUGGAUCACCACCUACUGAGCUGUGAGCUGUGCCUCAUCUCCUCUUUCAUCCAUUAACUGUUGUUUGAUUUUUGUCCAGGUUCCUUUUGGCCCAGCUGAAGAGCUUCUGUGGAGAGUUUCUGAUGAAGAAGUUGAGCCUGUUAAACUGUGUCGCAGUACACAGCCUCGCACACAUGUACACCCUGGACCAGCUUGCCAAGGGGGCCGCCAGGACAAUCCGGAGAAACUUCCACAAAGUUAUCCACAAUGAAGAAUUCUUCACGUUGCCAUUUCACCUGGUGCGAGACUGGCUCUCCGACUCUGAAAUCACUGUAGACUCAGAAGAGGAGCUGUUUGAGGCGAUCAUCAACUGGGUGCACCAAAACACAAAAGAGCGAGAGAGGUAUUUUGAAGAGCUGUUCAGACUUUUACGGUUGCCUCAGAUCUCUCCUACCUACCUGACACGGACAGUGCGGAAGGAGACUCUGGUAGCAAACAGUCCAGCUUGUUGUCAGCUGGUGUGUGAUGCUCUCGAGGUUCUUGCUAUGCGCUCCAUGAGCCACAAGACAGCGGAUUUACCGCCUUAUUCUUCCUUUACGGCAGAAAUACAGCCACGUUUUGGGCAGAACAUGGAUGUAAUCAUGGUUGUUGGUGGUGUUUCAGAAGGCGGGGAAUAUCUGAGCGAGUGUGUGGGAUACCUCGUUGCUGAGGACCGGUGGGUUAACCUGCCACACAUUCACAACCACCUUGAUGGACAUGCGAUCACUGUCACUGACAGUCAUGUUUACGUGGCAGGGUCUAUGGAACCAGGCUUUGCCAAGACGGUAGAGCGCUACAACCCUAGCCAGAACACCUGGGAGCAAUUCAGCAGUCUGACCACACGCAAGCACUCGUUUGGCCUCACAUGUGUCAAAGAUGUUCUCUACUGCAUUGGAGGUCAUGGCAACUUCAGCCCAGGAUUCAAGGAUGUUACAGUCUACUCCUCAGAGCUGGAGGAGUGGCACAACCUCGACCCAGCACCAAAAAUACUCAGAGAUGUUAAAACAGUGAGCGUGGAAGACCGCUACGUGUAUGUGACGGCCAGGACGCCUGUUGAUGUGGACAAUGAAGAUGGGCUGAGCACUGUGGCCGCCUGUUAUGAUACAGAGACUCAGAAGUGGCAGGAAGUAGACUCCCUACCACUCAUUGAUAAUUACUGCACUUUUCAAAUGGCUGUUUCAGCAACCAACUUCUACCACACGGCGUCCUGCUGCGCCAAGAACUACGAAGUAACAGCAGAGGUCGCCAAGGAGAAAAUGAGCGGAAACUUCACAGACGACAUCCUCGACAGCCUCCCUCCAGAGGUCCUGAGCAUUGAGGGCGCAGCUGUCUGCUACCUAGACGAGGACAUCUUUAUCAUCGGUGGGUGGAGGAACAGUAACCACAUGGACAAGCAGUAUCGCAAAGAGGCCUACCGUUACUGCUCCAAGAGGAAGCGCUGGAUGCUGCUGCCGCCUUUACCUGAGCCACGUUGCCGCGCUGCAGCCUGCCAUGUUCGAAUCCCAUACCGGUAUUUGUACGGCUAUCAGCACUACCCCAUGCCCCAGAACUUGGCACGCCAGAGAGAACGAAUGCAGCAGAUGCAGCAGCUCCACCGUCGCACUCUUACACUACGCAGACAGCUACAGUCUCAAAUUGAAUGUUGAAUGUUGACUGGUCAGCACUUAAUCGGCAAAUUGCUUUUUUGUUGUGAUAAAUAUGCCUUGAGACAAGAUUUCAUUGAGAUGAAAUAUCUGUGCGGGUAAUUUGUGGCUGUUUCAUAUAAGCUGAAGUGUUUGACCUUCUGACAAGCAAAAAAAUUUAAAACAGGUUUCUGGAAAACUGGCUGUCCAUAAUCUUUUUGGCCUUACAUUAGCUGUUGCCUUAUGCCCAUUAUUCUACUUCAUUUUACUGUAAUGCAGCAAAUGUUUUUCAAGACACGUGUUCUUUUUGCAAAUGAAACUGUAUUGCUCAUUAAGAUUUGGUUGUUCGGAAAUAUUGUCAGCUUACAGUUAUAAUCAAACCGGUAUUAGUGGCACUGCUGAGAUUGUUGGUGUUGUGACUCUUGAUGUCUACAUUUAUAAUGAUGUCACUUAGAGGAAAUACCUAAUCAAAACAGGAAAAAAAAUGGGUUGUUUAAGUUGUGCACACGAGGUAUUCCUCUUAAGUAAGACAAUCAGUUAUUAGAAUUUUGGUUACAGAAUUGCGCCUUGAGCAGGAGACAAGCUGGUUAACUUUCACCCUCACUCAAGUGAAAGACUUGGUAAAAUGUUACACUUAAAAUGUGCAGUAAAGUAGAUUACAUAGAUUAUUCAGGAGUACUUUUACUGUUCCAGAGAUGGGAAUUAUUUCUCAAGUAAAUAUUUCUGCUUGUCUUAAAUGGCAUUGAUUCCCCUGGUUUAAAGGAUCUCAUUUCAACCACUGAAAAGAUUGUCAGCUCUCUUUUUCAGAAGUCUCACUUCUGAUUUGAUUGAGUUUUUGAGCUUUUAGUUGAGUGAUUUUGGUUGAGUAUUUUCUUAACCUCUGAAGUAUGUGAAACAUUUUGGACCAGAAGGCUUUUUGUGCAUAGUUCUCUCAAUAUUCUCAAAUGUGCCAUAAAAUUCCUCAUGCCUCUUAUUGAUACAGUUAAUAACUAGUAUUUCUUGCACAUAAGGAUCUUGAAUGUUGACUUGUAUUGUGUUGCUUUUCUGAGUGAAAGGCUGUUGCUGAGCUUGUUGCACUUCUCUGCUGCUUUUGAAAUUGGUAAGACCUGUGGUAUUCCUUGCCAAGCUGUUCAAGGUAUUUUUAAGUUUGGCUUUGUGAGACUUAUAUUUUUCUGUUGAGAGAUAUAAUACAAAAUGUGGGGAAUUUUAUUUUUAUUUUCUAUCUAUUCUUGUUGUUUUUUCUUGUUUUGCAAAUUUUAUAAUAUGAGGACCAUAAAUUACCACAGGAUUAUAGCACAAUGGUGCAAAAGUGAUUUACAAGUGGAUAUAAGUGAUUAACGGCAGUAAAUAACUUCCACAUCAGAGGUUGGGUCUUGGGAUCAGAUUGUUGUUCAUAUUUGAUUGUGGAGAAGAUCAUGCUGGUUGAGUUUAUAUAUUUUGGGUAUUUCCAUUUACGCUGCCACUGUUUUCAUUGUAUUGCCAGUCUGUGCACAUGAAAGGCUGUUGUACAAAUAAACACAAUAAAUAACCAAGAGAGGUUUUGUUUUCAUUGUCGUAAUUUUAAACCAACUAAUCAAAAAAUGAGUGAG